AUGAAUAACUCAAGAUCUCCAGUUUUUGGUACCAUAUCGGUUCCUUCCACUUCGGGUGGUUACUUUCCACCAGCUACAGCUACAGUAUGGAAUCAAGCUCCCGUCAUGUACGACAAUCAAUCUGAGCCAGCCGGAACGUCUUCUCUUCCUGCGUCGAAUAGUGUACAACUCCAUCCUAUCUCGAAUUCUUCAACCAAAAUAUGUGAUUUCAGCACAACUGCAACAGUAGUAUCAUCAGCAAUGAAUACUUCAACGCCGCUGUCUUCUGCUAAAUCGGUUCCUUCUACACCUAGUGUCUCCAGAGAAACGGGUGGCCCGAAUAUAAAUGCUACGCCGGCGAGGUCAAACAUCUUUGGUUCUAGCUCAUCUACUACAAUUUUCAACCAUUUAAAAUCUAGCUCGGUCAAGGUUGCUGCUGCUGGUAAUCCGGCAGCUCAAAGUUUGGGGAGCCUGUUUGCCAAUGUUUGUUUCUACCUUGCACAUAUUGAAUUUACCUUAGCAUCACACAAACCAUUUGAUGCGCCGCCUCAGAAACGCGCCAAGACAACUCAUAACAUCGCUGCUCAACUUUCCGCCAAUGAGUUCACAAAUAGACUCGAUUUAUUUCGCGGCCCUGAAGUUCUUGUUGCUGCCGGUACUUCAUUAGUGGUCAAAAGUUACCGAAUACCCAGAGCAUUACUCAUUCAAGCAUCGCCAUACUUCGAAACCGGCAUCAAAGUUGAAACUAUUGGUCAAAUUUCGCAGGAGAUGCUCAAGAUGGAUUGCUCAACCUUAGCCUUCGAUUUCGUUGUGCAGUUCCUCUACACUGGUACCUUUGUGUGCCCAAAUUUCAUGGCAGGAUCAGGAUCAGAGCAAAUAACUACACUUGUAGAUUUUCACGAGUUGGCAGAGAAGCUUAGCCUUGAUAUCUCAGACAGGAUAUUGGAUAAUAUCAAACAAUUACUUGUAGAUGAUCAUCGUAACCUUUUGGCAAAACAUAUUCGUAAGGCUAUCAACUACCCAACUGGACAUGGACUUCGAAUGUUGUUCGCUCGAUCAUGUAUCCAUGCCUACCUUGAAUCUGUCAAUCCCUCCAACGAGCAAGCUCGGACAUUCGUUUUCAAGAAGGAACUCGAGGAGUUGGAUGGAUUUGCGGCGGAUCUCAUGCGUGUAUAUGGUGAAGUAGCAGAGAAACGUGUGCCAGCCAAGUACGCCGAGUCGAGAGAUCUUCUUGAUGGCGAGACAUUUUACUACUAA